GUGAAAUGAUUGAGUCAAGAUGGGAUAAACAAUGAGUCAUAUCAAUAAGAAGUGUCGAAUCAACAUUAGACAGAUAAAUUAAAACGGGAUAAGUUAAAAUAACAUACUUUCACUUGUCAAUUUGAUUCUCUUUAUAUAUGCAAUCCCAUCACACAUUCUCACCACACCAAAAUGGAGAAAAUUCACCACAAUUAUGUGAAUGUAAGAGGACUCAAGCUUCACUAUGCAGAAAUUGGAACAGGUCCUGUAGUAGUGUUUCUUCAUGGAUUUCCCGAGAUAUGGUACUCGUGGAGGCAUCAAAUGAUAGCAGUAGCGGAAGCAGGAUUUCGAGCCAUAGCCCCAGAUUUUAGAGGCUAUGGUUUGUCUGAGUUGCCUACAGAACCCGAGAAGGCUACAUUCAAGGACCUUGUUGAUGAUCUACAUGACAUGCUUGAUUCAGUAGGCAUCGAUAAGAUUUUUCUUGUUGGGAAGGAUUUUGGAGCUAGAGUACUUUACCAUUUUGCCCUUGUAUACCCUGAAAGAGUUUCAGCAGUUGCAGCACUUGGUAUGCCAUUCAUUCUCACUGGUCCACAAACAUUUCCUAGAGAUCUCCUUCCAAAAGGUUUCUAUAUGUUGAGAUGGCAGGAACCAGGGCGAGCUGAAAAGGACUUUGGUCAAUUUGAUAUAAAAACAGUAAUUAAGAACAUAUAUAUAUUAUUCUCUGGAAGUGAAUUGCCAGCAGCAAAAGAUGAUAAUGAAGAAAUAAUGGACUUGGUUGAUCCAUCUACUCCAUUGCCUACCUGGUUUACUGAAGAUGAUCUUGCAAACUAUGCAUCUCUUUAUGAAAACUCAGGCUUCCAACUUGCGUUGCAGGUGCCUUACAGGGCUUGGCUAGAAGACUAUGGAGUUGAAGAUCUCAAAAUCAAAGUUCCUUGUCUGCUUGUGAUGGGGGAGAAGGAUUAUGCACUUAAGUUUGGUGCAUUAGAGCAAUACAUUACAAGUGGAAUGGUGAAAGAGUAUGUACCUGAUCUUGAAACCAUAUUCUUACCAGAAGGAAGCCAUUUUGUCCAAGAACAGUUUCCUGAUAAGGUCAAUCAGUUGAUCAUCACCUUCCUCAACAAGCUCAAAUGAAGAAAAUGAACCGAAGCAACGUUUUUCCCUCUUUGUAUUUGAAUGCUGGUCAUGUUUUCGGUAUAUCUCUAGUUGACUAGUUGUAUGUUGAUCAAUAAACGAGGCAACAGUUUUGCAUGCCUAGGUUCUAUGUUAUGUUUCCAGUGAUCAAUAAACGAGGCAACAAUUUUGUAUGCCUCGGUUCUACA